AUGGGCGGCGGUCCCGACAAAGAACACCUCCUCAUCACCCUCUGGGAGCCCGAGCCGAAACACAUCACCGCCGAGAUCAAACGACGGUUCCCCUACAUUGAGAUUACGUACCUCGAACUGGAGAUGUCGUCGAAUCCGUGGGGAGGGGAUCUGACGAAGGGUGUUCCGACAGACCUAUGGAAAACCGUCACCAUCCUGAUCACGCUCGGGACUCUGCCUGCCAAACCCGAGGACGCGCCAAACCUCAAACUCAUCCACCUCUUCUCCGCGGGCGUCGACCACUACACCACCCACCCGAUCUUCACGGACAGCGACAUCCCCAUCACGACGAGCUCGGGCAUCCACGGGCCCCCGAUCUCCGAGUGGAUCAUCAUGGCCACGUUGGUCGCCAGCAAGCACUACAACGUGCUCUACGAGGGCCAGAAGGCGCACCAGUGGCAGCAUGAUCGACGGUUACUGAUGAGCACGACGGAUUGGGUGGGAAAGACGGUGGGGAUAGCUGGGUAUGGUAGUAUUGGGCGGCAGGCCGCCAGAAUAUUCCACGCCAUGGGCGCCAACGUGCACGCCUACACGGCAAGUCCACGCUCCACGGCAGACUCCCGCAAAGACAAAGGCUACAUCGUCCCCAAUACAGGCGAUCCUGACGGCACGAUCCCACGCGCAUGGUACAGCGGCACCAGCCGCCGCAGCUUGCACACGUUCCUCGCCUCGGGGCUGGACUGCCUGAUCAUCGCUCUGCCCCUGACACCCGCGACACGCCACCUGUUCAGCACGGCCGAAUUCGACAUUCUCGCGCAGACCACGUACCCUGGCAAGAAGUCCCGGUCCGCGUUCGUCAUCAACAUCGCGCGAGGCGCGCUGAUCGAUCAGCCUGCGCUCGUCAAGGCGUUGAAUGAGGAGACCCUCGUGGGGGCGGCCUUGGAUGUCGCGGACCCGGAACCCCUGCCUGCCGACGAUCCGCUUUGGGGCGCGAAGAACUUGAUCCUCACGCCUCAUGUUAGUGGGCUGGGAGCCGAGUAUGCUGAGAGGGCGUAUGAUCUGUUUAUCACGAAUUGGGGGAGGAGGGAGAAGGGGGAGAGGAUGUUUAACGUCGUGGAUCGGAGGAGGGGGUACUAA